AUGAAGCCCAAGGUUUUCCAGUUCCUCGUGGGAGUGUUUGCGUCCUUUGGAUCGCUGCUCUUUGGUUAUGAUUUGGGUGUCAUCGCCCAGGUUAUCGCCUCUGGGUCGUACCAGAGAGAAUUCAACACAACUCCUACCGAUUCUGAUACAGGUGCUGUGGUCGCGCUCUUCACUGCCGGCGCCUUUUUUGGCGCCAUGUUUGCCGGCCCUACGACUGAAUACACCGGACGACGAUGGACCAUCACCAUUGGCUCUUUGAUCUUUAUUCUCGGUGGAUCUCUGCAAACCGCAGCUCCCGCGAUCUCAUACCUCAUGGCCGGCCGAUUCUUGGCCGGCCUUGGCGUCGGUUUCUUGACCAUGAUCAUUCCUCUGUACCAAGCCGAGAUUGCUCACCCCUCCAUCAGAGGCCGAGUCACCGCUCUCCAGCAGUUCAUGCUGGGCAUUGGUGCUCUGAUCGCAGCGUGGACUGGUUGGGGAACCUUCACAAACUUCAGCGACAACCGGCAGUGGCGCAUCCCCCUCGGCAUCCAGAUCAUCCCUGCCAUCAUCCUCGGCGCCCUCAUCUUCGUGUUCCCAGAGUCUCCCCGCUGGCUCAUGGACCAGGGUAAGCAGGACGAAGCGCUCAAGACCCUUGCGCGCCUCCACUCCAACGGGAACGUCGAUGACGCCUGGGUUCGCGCGGAGAUCGAGCAGAUUCAGGAAAGCAUCGCCGACGAACAUGCCAACGGCGCCAAGUCGUAUCUUGAGCUUUUCAGGGAUGUUUCUUGCUUCCGUCGUCUCUUGAUUGCGUGCGGUCUCCAGGCUUCGAUUCAGAUGACUGGUGUUUCGGCGAUUCAGUACUACUCUGUUACUAUUUAUGGACAGGCUGGUAUCAAUGCCGCUGAUACCCUCAAGUAUCAGGCCAUCAACUCUAUUAUCGCGUUGAUUGCCCAGGCUCUUUGCAUCGUUUAUAUCGAUCGCUUCGGUCGUCGAUGGACGCUUAUCUGGGGUAAUCUGUUCAACAUGCUCACCUUUAUCAUCGCCACCAUCAUGCUUGUUGUGUAUCCCCCGGGUUCCGGUAGCGCUGCUCAAGGUUGGGGAUUUAUUAUCGUUACUUGGGCGUACAACUUCUCUUUCUCAGCCACUUGCGGACCUCUCUCCUGGAUCAUCCCCGCCGAGAUCUUCGACACCCGCACCCGAGCCAAGGGCGUUUCUCUUGCUACAAUGACCUCAUUUGCCUUCAACACCAUGAUCGGUCAAGUCACUGGUAUUGCGAUGGGUGCUGUUGGCUGGAAGUAUUACCUUCUCUUCGUCAUCUGCAACUUCACUAACGCCCUCUGCGUCUGGGCUUUCGUUCCUGAGACCAAGCAGCUUCCUCUGGAGGAGAUGAACUAUCUCUUCACCAACGCUCCUUGGUUCAUUCCCUUCGUCGACAAGAGCGAGUACACUGCAAACUUGCAGGCUGAUCUUGCUCGCAGGGCUGAGGCUAUUGACGAGAAGCUUGCUGCUCAGCAUGAGACUGGAGAGCACGUUGACAAGAUCUAA